AUGAAAUUGGGAUCUUCGGCGAGAUAUAGGUUAAUUUGGUGUGUUCUAUACUGACGAAAUGGAUUUUUUUGGCGUCGAUCCAUCUGGUUAUGAUUUCAACAUCUUCGAUCCGAUUCUGAUCGGAUCUAUCCCUCGCGCAAAUCCCUAUCUCUCAACAACGCUAGACGAUGGUGAUGAUGAUCAUGAUUAUCCACCGUUGGUACCCAAAAAGCCGGCGAUUCCUCCAAGGCAUCGCCACGAUGGAACUUCCCCUUUACCCUUAGGGAUGGAUUGGAGCUCCCCACCUCGCAAAUGGGAUGGACAGAAAUCUGUUUGGCCACAUGAUCCUAGUACAGGGUGGAGUUAUUGUGUAACUAUUCCUUCUUGGAUUAUACUCCCAGAAGCAAGUGGGUCAAAACCCAUAGUGUUUUACAGGGUAGAAGUGGGUAUACAAUCACCGGAAGCGAUUACUACAACAAGAGGAAUUCUUCGGAGGUUUAGCGAUUUUUUGAAGUUAUUUUCUGAAAUCAAAACAGCAUUUCCUAAGAAAAGUUUGCCCGCUGCUCCUGCAAGGAAGCUGUUAAGAAUGAAAAGCAGAGCAGUUUUGGAAGAGAGAAGAUGUGAUUUGGAGGAUUGGCUGGAGAAACUCUUAUCGGAUAUCGAUUCAUCAAGAAGCGCUCCUGUAGCCAUCUUUCUUGAGCUAGAAGCUGCUGCCAGAUCAUUCUUUAACGAAUCACAUCAGCAGAGUUUACAUUCCAACUCGUCUGUUGCCAUCGCGGCUUCAUCGUAUCAAUAUCAAUCCUCUGAUUAUGGCGAUGAAUCAACAUACGAGACAUCACAUUUUAAGAACGAACCGGUCAAGAAGGUUGUUACAUCUUUUGUUGAAGAAUCUGCAGAUAGAGAAGAGACAAGUUCUAUACAUGGCAAUGUUAUUGAUUGGGAUAUGGGAGGUAAUACUAUUAUUUUACCGAAUUCGGAUGAGAAGGAACCCGAGUAUAAAAAAUCGAGUGGUCAUCUUCGAAGAUUGUCGAUAGAGAGUAUCGGAAGUUACAUUAGUUCUACAAAAGCUAGUGAAAGCGCAUACUUGAGGACAGAAAGCUCAUUUGGCAAUAGUUUUGUUAAUCCUGAAGUGGGAACUAGUUCAGACUUACGAGAUUCACUGGGCUUUCUUGUUACUCUUCCUGUGGCGGAGCAGAACAAGAUGAAGAGAGUGCUUGACACGAUGAGGAGAAGAAUAGCCGUGGCGAAAACUGAUAUGGAAGAUGUUAUAGCAAGAUUGAAUCAAGAGCUUGCUGUGAAAGAGUACUUGGCAACAAAGGUGAAAGAUUUGGAAGAUGAACUUGAAAUUAGUGAUCAGAGUGGUAAAGAAAACUUACAGCAAGCAGUUUUAAUAGAAAGGGAAAGAUUUACCCAAACGCAAUGGGAUAUUGAAGAUAUCCGCAGGAAGUGCAUUGAUUUAGAGAUGAAACUAAAGUCGGAACAGGAUGAGAAGAUGCUCUUGGAAGCAGAUGAUAUGUCCACAAGACGCGAGAAUGAGAUGUUAUCGAGACAAUUGGAUGCUGCAAAUGAGCAAAUCGAGAGGUUACAAAAACAGAAUGAAGAUUUGGAGUUGAAAGCGAAGACGGACAUAAAACUCCUGGUAAAAGAAGUUAAAACGGUUAGGAGUUCACAUGCAGAAUUGAAAAAGGAGCUUGGUAAAGCAACGAAAGCUAAACUAGAUGCUGAGAGGGGUCUUGAAAAGGAGAAAGAAAGAUGGGAGAAUUCUGCUACUGCCAAUGCAAAUUUGCUCCGGGAAUGUGAAAUCCUUAGGAGUCGACUUGAAGAAUGCAGUGUGAAUUUCCUUAUCGAAGAAGAAGAUAAAUUGAUAAUGGAGACAUCGUCACCUUCCGACGCUGUUGAUUUAUUAACUAUGGCUGAAAAUAGAAUCGGACUUCUUCUUGCCGAGGCACAGCUUCUUGCACAGGAUGUGGAAAGUGCCAUUAGAGCAGCAACUGUAAUGGAAGAUGGAACUAUGGUUCAGACAAAGACAAAAGACGAGAACCUAAGAAAAAUGCUAACGGAUAUUUUGAUGGACAACGCCCAGUUGAGGAAACAGGUUAAUUCUAUAAUCCGAUAUGCCCUCCUUAUUAACAGCGAGAAGUCAGAUGGAGAAGAUGAUUACAAUGAAGAAACCCCCACAAGUAAAACUGUUCUUAGCAAGUUCUUGGAUAGAUAACAAAACAAUUAAAAUAUAUUUGUAUAUAUAUCACUCUUCCUCUAAAAGGUCUGAACAUUUCAAUAAUAUGGAUUUUGAUGCUGUGGCUAAAGAAUGCCAACAAUAAUACUAUGGUCUAUUAGAAAGCUGGUAUUUUUUUUGAAAUGAUAAAAUUAUUGAAACAAGGCUAGCUUAAUCAGA